AUGCGACAUCUCCUUCGCGCAGUACCGCAGCUGCCUGCUGCGCGCAUACCCAUGCGGGCAGCGUCCAGUGGUGCUGCCGCGCUACAGAGCCCGCCCGCACAGAGACGACAGUACUCGAAAUCUACCCCUCCGACGUCGUCCUGGCUGCCGGUUCCAUUUGUCACCGAGACCAUCGCCGGCCUGACGCACACGACGGACCUCUUCUCGCGGCUGCUCAAGGAGCGCAUCGUGGCGGUGUACGGCGAAGUGGACGACCGCAUGGCGGCGACGGUGACGGCGUCGCUGCUGUACCUCGAGGCGGAGUCGGACCGACCCAUCUCCAUGUACAUCAACUCGCCCGGCGGGAGCGUGACGGCAGGGCUGUCGAUCUACGACUGCAUGAACUACAUCGUGCCGGAGGUGUCGACGCUGGUACUGGGUCAGGCGGCGUCGAUGGGCAGCCUGCUGCUGGCGGGCGGGGCGGCCGGCAAGCGCUACUGCCUGCCACACUCGAGCAUCAUGCUGCACCAGCCCAGCGGGGGGCACUACGGCACCGCCGCCGACAUCGCCAUCCACGCCAAGGAGAUCCUGCGCAUCCGGUCCCAGCUGAACCGCAUCUACGAGCGCCACCUGACGGGCAGCAAGAAGAUGACCGUCGACGAGAUCGAGAAGAUGAUGGAGCGCGACUACUUCCUCAGCGCCGAGGAGGCUCUGGAACUGGGCGUCGUCGACGAGAUCCUGGCCAGCAGGAAGAAGAAGCCCGAGGCGACGGCGGCGGAAGAAACGUGA